AUGUCGUAUUACUACCAAGAAGAAAAGGUUGAAAAUAACCAGAAAUUGAAAAACGAAUUUCCUUGGCUGGCGGACCGUAUUCAUGAUGGUCGUUCCAGGAUCUACUGUGCAUUAGGAUUUGCAGGAUUGAAAUUGGAGAAUGCUUUUGGAUGGUUUUUGUCCAAAGAACGUGCCACAAUUUCCAUUGCUAAGCAAGAAGUAUUUUCCUCUGAGGAAAGGAAGCUCCCUGGAGUUGCCUAUGUCGCAGUCGGUGGUAUGGCAGGAAAUAUUUUCGCUAGAAACAGGAUUGCUCCUGCACGCUGGCUUGUUACUUCCCUAGCAACUAUUGGAACGUUUGGAUAUUGCUUCCCAAAGACUUCCAGAAAAUUUGGGGCAUUUACUGAAACCCGUUUCCCUGCUUUACGAGAACGCCGAGAGCAACUGUGCCUGCAAACACGUCAAACUAUUCAAAACACCGAGUCCUCUGUAUGUAGGUAUACUUCACUCGCUCAAAAUCAUUAUCAGGAACUCGUAGACCGUAUCUAUAAACGCUAA